AUGCGGGGCCGGCUAGGGUCGGCUCCCGGCCCCAGCAGCGCGGUCGAUCGACGCAGAUUUCUGUUUUUUCCUGUCUCGACAUUUGUUGACAUGUCUCUUCUUGAACAGUCUUUAGACGAGAUUAUUAACAGCGGGCCAGGCGGUCCGCGGAGGAGCCAUAGUAAGCCCCGGCAGAGGGCUCACCGAGGAGUGUCCAAGGCGCACGGGAAGCCUGCCAGGGGCAGCAGAAGACCGCACAGACCGUCUGCUCCUCUUCCUCGCAGCAAGGAGGCCGAGGAGCUCAGCGGCGGACGACCAUAUUUGCGCGUGUCGCAUCUGCACCCGGAGCUGACCGAGAAAGAUCUCGAGGGCCUUUUUUCCAGCAUCGGGGACCUGCUUUUCACCAAAAUAGAAUACAACACCAGAGGCGAGUCUACGGGAGUUGCCUUCGUUGGAUACCCGAACCCUGCCGACUGCGAGGUUGCCAUAGAGAGGUUUGACGGACGCAGGGCUGCUGGGCAGAUUAUCAGCGUGGAGAACGCGAUUCCGCUCUCACAGCGGAUCAGCGUGUCCAAACGCGGGAAGAAGGCGAGAAGUCGCGAAAGAGAGCCAAAACCGCGUCGCAAGACCGUCGAAGAGCUGGACGCAGAGCUAAACAGCUAUAUGGGCGUGCCAGAGACAAGCGGACAGGCGGCCGAGGCGCCAGCAGAGACGGAACUGCCACGCGAGACGGGCGAGGUCGGCGACAGCAAUCCUGCGUUCGCCGCUACAGACAUGAUGGUUGAAUAG